AUGACCAUCAGCCAGGUCAUAGCUGCCACGGUCUUGGACAGAAGAUGGGUUGUGACAGCAAGAGAGGCUUUGGACAAAGUUUGUGGCGGCAAUGCGGAAAGAUUACCCACAUUUGAUGAUCGCAUAGACCUGCCCUACACCACAGCGACGGUGAAGGAAGCGUUUCGAUGGCGACCCUUUGCUGAAAUCGGUGUACCUCACCUGCUGAUCCAGGACGAUGAGUACGAGGGAUACAAGUUUCCCGCGGGUACAUUGUUCACGUGGAAUGCUACCGCCAUUGCUAUGGAUCCACGCGAGUACGACGAGCCUGAAAGAUUCUGGCCGGAGCGCUUCCUCAAUGGUGACCUGGACCACGUCUUGAAGGGACACUGGAGCUUUGGACCAGGUUUGCUGAGAAUCUUCCCCAUCUUGGCGGAUGUUGACUGA